AUGGUCAAGAAACUCAACGCUGUCUGCGCGCUGCUGGCGCUUGCAACUGCCUCGUGGGCAGCGGCGCCCAUGAGAGCUAUUGAGGACAAGGCCUGGAGAACGACUAUCCCCGCAUGGUCGCUCAGCAAAUCUGAAGAUAGAGACUCUGCUCUCUAUCCAGAGUACAAUCUCUCCGUCCCCAUCGACCACUUCCACAAUGACUCCCUCUACGAGCCACAUUCGGAUGGCAUGUUUGACCUACGAUACUGGUUCGAUGCUACUUAUUACAAGGAGGGAGGGCCUGUGAUUAUCCUACAGUCUGGAGAGACAAGUGGAGUAGGACGAUUGCCGUUCCUGCAGAAGGGAUUGCUGCACCAACUAGCUGUGGCUACGAAUGGUAUCGGAGUUGUGAUUGAGCAUCGAUACUACGGAACCAGUUUGCCAGUAUCAAACUUGAGUACGGAGGCAAUGCGUUUCUUGACUACAGACCAAGCAAUGGCGGAUCAGGCGUACUUCGCGAAGAAUGUUGUGUUUGCUGGCUUGGAAGACAAGGACCUUACGGCACCAAAUGUUGCAUAUAUCACGUAUGGUGGGAGCUAUGCUGGUGCUUUUGUUGCAUUCUUGAGGAAGCUCUAUCCGGACGUAUUUUGGGGUGCCAUUUCCUCAAGUGGAGUGACGGAAGCUAUCUGGGAUUAUUGGGCUUAUUUCGAGCCUGUCCGUGUUUACGCUGACCAGGAGUGCAUUGCAUACCAGCAGAAAAUCAUUCACGUCGUAGACAACAUCCUUAUUGGCAAGAAUAACUCAGACACAACUAGCAUUCUCAAGGGUGCUUUUGGUCUGCCAAACGUCACCUACGAUAACGACUUUGCCGCAGUCCUUUCUAAUGGUAUAAAUAGGUGGCAAGGGAGGAACUGGGAUCCCGAGCUCAACGACGGUACCUUUGACACGUAUUGCGGAAACUUGACUUCCAAGGAGGUCAUCUACUCACAGCCAGAGGGCCUCAAGGGUACCGUGGAAGAUCUGAUCAAAAUCGGUGGAUACGAAUUCGAGGUCGCUAAUCUGACCACCCCAAUUUUGAACAUGAUCGGAUGGCUUGCCGAUUACACAGUCGACGCUUGCCAAGGAGACCAGGACUCCUACUUCAGUCAGCACAACGAGACCUUCUACGCUCAGGACGGUAUUGACCAAAAGUGGCGAUCUUGGCCUUUUCAGUAUUGCACUCAGUGGGGUUACCUGCAAACUGGUUCUGGAUCCCCCGAAGAUACCCUGCCCCUUAUCUCUCGCACCAGUGAUCUCGAAUACAACUCACUGAUCUGCAAAUACGCAUUCAACAUCACCACUCCUCCCGACGUAGAGGCCAUCAACAAGUAUGGCGGCUUCGACAUCUCCUACCCACGCCUAGCCAUCAUCGACGGCGAGCAAGAUCCCUGGAGACCGGCCACUCCCCACGCAUCUCCUUUCAAUACGACGGCGCUCAAUCGGACGGAUAGCAUUAGUGAGCCGUUCAAGCUGAUUGCGGGCGCGGUCCAUCAUUGGGAUGAGAAUGGGCUGUUUCCGAAUGAGACGGUGAAUCACCCGCCGCACUUGUUGCCGCCAUUGCCGGUGCGGGAUGCGCAGAAGGAGGAGCUGGCGUUUGUGCUGGAAUGGAUGCAGGAGUGGCGGGAAGAGGUUUUGAGCCGGCGCCAUAAGCAGCAAGAGAAGGAGGUCAUGGAACUCCGCAGAAGAUAG